AUGAUACCAACGAAAGCUCAUGUUCUCCGGGAUGGCAGAAUCAUAGAUGUUAAUGUCGAAGAUGUAGUUCUAGGAGACAUAGUAGAAAUAAGUGGAGGAGAUAAAGUUCCCGCCGACCUUCGAAUCAUUAGCGCAAGAGGCCUCAAGUCGAAAAAUGUUGCUAUGUUUUCUACAAGCGUACUUGAAGGAUCAGCUAGAGGGGUUGUCAUACUGACAUCAGAUAAUACGGUUGUUGGGAGAAUCGCAGCUCUUACUGCUCAAGUAUCUUCGGGAUCAACUCCCAUCGCAAGGGAAAUCAAUUAUUUCAUUAAUAUUGUCACAUUUGUGGCUGUUGGCAUUGGUGUCACGUUUUUUGUCCUCGCAUUUGUUUACGGCUACACCCUGAUCCAGGCCCUACUCUACUUCAUGGGAAUUAUAGUUGCAGAAGCUCCCGAAGCAAUUGUUGCUACCGUGACGGUAUCAAUUCAUCAAAAUGGAGAUCGGUUUUUGCUGGUCAUGAAAGGUGCCGCUGAGAAAAUACUGAAAGCCUGUUCGUCCACACUUAUUGGAGGUGAAGAAGCAGCAAAAGACAAAAAGUUUGAAGAGGAUUUUAAAAAGGCUUACGAACAACUUGGUGGAUUUGGAGAGCGUGUGCUUGGCUUUUGCGACCUAGAAUUGGAUCCAGAAAAGUUUCCCAAAACGUUUGUUUUCAAUACCGACACUCCGAAUUUCCCACUAACAAAUUUGAGGUUUCUUGGAUUCAUGGCAAUGAUUGACCCACCACGUCCAGGAGUCCCGCAGGCCGUUCGCCUAUGUCAGUCGGCCGGCAUAACGGUAAUUCUUGAUUCUUCAAUGCGCGAUUGUUUGUAAUA